AAGGGAAUAAAAGCUGGCCAUCUCCUAGCCAGCAGCGGCAACCCUCUCGAGGUCCUCUUCCACGCCAUGGAAGUUUUGUUCUUUCACUCUUCAGGAUAAAUCUUGCUGCUGCUCACUCUUUGGUUCCACGCCACUUUUAAGAGCUGUAACACUCACCGCAAAAGUCCGCAGCUUCAUUCUUGAAGUCAGCGAGACCACGAACCCACCAGAAGGAACCAACUCUGGACACAGUGCCAUCCACGUUUUCAAGAGAGAAGGCUGGUCAUAAUAAGACAGUAAAGGAGGCAGAAGAGAAGGAGGAAUGCCUUCUGGUCCUUUCAGAAGCCCAGGUCCAGCCCAGGAGACAAGCUGGUGACAUCAUCCUGCUCUACAAAAAAGGAAUUGUUCAGCCUCCAAUGCAACAGUCUCUGCCAUCCCAUGUGCAUUUCCUGAUAAGAUAUGAGGGGGAGAGCCUCACCUAAAUGGGAAGGCCAUGUCUGAUGUCUGUCAGCAUUUGUGACAGGGAAAAAAACCUUCACUUGAGAAUGUUCUGAGGUCCAUCACUAUCCACAGACCCUCAUCCCACUUCCUCUUCUCCUAGCCAAUCCUGUCAGCCAUUUAGUUUAUUUCAUUUUCUCUGCUUUUUCCCUGAAGAGGGAUAAGCUGGAGUUGGAAUUCCUACAGGAGGAAGACAAGUUAAAGGACAGCUUCUGUCCCUGUCUGGCCUCAGGGCCAAGAAUCCACAAGACAAGCAGAGCUUCUCCAGUGCUGAGUGUGAUGAUUUCUUAGUGUGACUCCAAGUGCUGGGUUCCAUGGGUUGCAUUGCUGUUUUCCUUGGUUGGCCAAAUGCCUUGUUGCCUUAGAGAGGCAGUGGGAAGAGAAGGAAGCAAAAGCAAAGCUGUUCAGCCACACAUUCAAAAAUAAUUAUUGAGCAAAUACUAUGUGCCAUGUGUCAUAUCACAUGCAUGGUUGAACUAACCUGACAUAGCCCCUGCCCUGCAGGAGUUUACAGACCAGCAUCCAGCAAGUAAAUCAAUUAAGUAGAGAUGGUGUUUCGCCAUGUUGCCCGUGCUGGUCUCGAACUCCUGACCUCAAGGGAUCCACCCACUUCGGCCUCCUCCCACUGGGACUACAGGUGUGAGCCACCACAUGCAGCCCCAAGAAAGUAAUUCUUGAUGAGUCCACAAAAUCCUAAUGGAGGAAAGCCCUAUAUUUUAUCAUCGAGUAUCUAUUUCCGCAAUCUCCAUAAAUCCCACUGAGAAAACUACUUCCAAGCUACACUUGAGCUGUGCAGACACAUGAGUGUGAGUAGACACACUGCCUUAAAUGAAUGGUGCUGUGGCAUCACACACACACACACACACACACACACACACACGCAGUAACUUUCCUUUUUCUGCAAUUUUUUUUUUUUUGCCCUGAAAACUAAAUUGAAUCCAUUUUCCAGAACAUUUAGUGAAUUUCGGAGUACCAAAUAAAAGAAUUUUUCACAAAGACCCCAAUCUUCUCAGAGUUUAAAUUUAAAAAAAGAAAGCAGGCUAAACCUGUAGUUAAGUUUGACACACUCCAAAAAGGCAAAUCACUAGAAAAUGCAGCAGAAAUUAAAUAAAUAGAAAGCCUAACAUGAGGCACAAGAACAAGAGGCCACCUUAUGCUGUGGCCAGCAGAGGCAUUCAAACAUUCCGUCAGCAGGAUUGCAGCCAACCUCCGAAGCUCACUUUUAUAAGCCAGCCCCAGGCAUCCCAGAGCAAGAUGUAGCUGUGUAGUCUACCUCUCCAUAGCUGCUUUAGGGGGGCUGGCAGCGUGGCUCAGCAGGCUUGCCCCAGAGCCAUGGCAAAGAAUGGACUUGUAAUUUGCAUCCUGGUGAUCACCUUACUCCUGGACCAGACCACCAGCCACACAUCCAGAUUAAAAGCCAGGAAGCACAGCAAACGUCGAGUGAGAGACAAGGAUGGAGAUCUGAAGACUCAAAUUGAAAAGCUCUGGACAGAAGUCAAUGCCUUGAAGGAAAUUCAAGCCCUGCAGACAGUCUGUCUCCGAGGCACCAAAGUUCACAAGAAAUGCUACCUUGCUUCAGAAGGUUUGAAGCAUUUCCAUGAGGCCAAUGAAGACUGCAUUUCCAAAGGAGGAAUCCUGGUUAUCCCCAGGAACUCCGACGAAAUCAACGCCCUCCAAGACUAUGGUAAAAAGAGCCUGCCAGGUGUCAAUGACUUUUGGCUGGGCAUCAAUGACAUGGUCACGGAAGGCAAGUUUGUUGACGUCAACGGAAUCGCUAUCUCCUUCCUCAACUGGGACCGUGCACAGCCUAACGGUGGCAAGCGGGAAAACUGUGUCCUGUUCUCCCAAUCAGCUCAGGGCAAGUGGAGUGAUGAGGCCUGUCGCAGCAGCAAGAGGUACAUAUGCGAGUUCACCAUCCCUCAAUAGGCCUCUCUUCAAUGUGUCCCCCAAGCAAGAUUCAUCGUAACUUAUAGGUUGAUGAUCUCUAAGAACAAGUAAAAAUCAUAAUUUUUACUUAUUAAAAAAUUGCAACACAAGAUCAACGUCCAUAGCAAUAUGAUAGCGUCAGCCAAUUUUGCUAACAGAUUUCUUUGGGAUUUUGCCCUUCCUGGGGUAUAGGGGAUCAGAAAUAUUGAUCCAUGUGCACGCAGAUAAAAUGGCUUCUGCUAAACAGACUAAAAUCUUUCUCUCUAGUCUUUCUCACUUGUACAAACCCAGUCUGUUUUCAAAAAAUCACAGUAGCAAUGCAUCUCAUCACUCUAGAAAAGCAAGCUUAAGCUACCUGAAAGAUUUUCCCUUGGAAGUUUAGUGUAUGUUUGACUAACAAGAAUUCCCUAAAUCAGAGACUCUAGGUGCUAUAUAAUCCAAAAACUUUUCAGCCUGUUGCUCAUUCUGUCCCAUGCUGGCAAUAAUACCUUGUCAGCCCAUUACCCUUUUAUUGAAUUGCUCCAUCUCCUGGUGGGACUUCUAUCUUGUCUGCCAUAUCAGAACACAAACCCCUGAAGAGGUUCUGAUUUGAUUUUUUUUUUUUCAUGCCUACCCCUUUUUUGGAAGUUUCCAGCCGCAAUUUGAAAAGAAAUGACAAGGUGUAUAUUUGAUCAAUUUUCAUUCCCACCAUUGCAUUACAACCUCUAACUUAAAUGGGUAACCCUAAGGCAGAUCAAAGAAGCAGAUUGCAUGAUAAAGGGAAAUAGAAAAAAAGAACCUACAUUUAUUUUGCUUUAGCAUCCUUACUCUCACCUUUUAUGAGAUUGAGAGUGGACUUACGUUUCCUUUUUUACAUUUUUGUAUACUUUUUUUUUUAGCUAUCAGUAUAUAUUUAAGUCUAUUAUGGACAACCAAUCUUUGGAAGCUGAAAACUGAAUUUAAAGAAUGCUAUCUUGGAAAAUUGCAUACGUCUAUGCAAUUUUUUAUUCUGCCUAGUGCUAUUCUGCUUGUCUAACUAGACUGUACUAAAUAGCUUCAUUGCUUAAUAUCAAAUUACAAAGUUUAGACUUGGAGGGAAAUGGGCUUUUUAGAAGCAAACAAUUUUAAAUAUAUUUUGUUCUUCAAAUAAACAGUGUUUAAACAUUGAAUGUGUUUUGUGAACAAUAUCCCACUUUGCAAACUUUAACUACACAUGCUUGGAAUUAAGUUUUAGCUGUUUUCAUUGCUCAAUAAUAAAGCCUGAAUUCUGAUCAAUA